AUGGUACUCACCCCUCCCACGCUAAUGGUCACUGUCCCGGUACUAGUGGUAAUUGCGGCAGGAACUCCACCUAUCGUUCCCUCCUUACUUCCCCCGUUACCGUUGUUCUGCCCGUUAGCAGUACCAUUAGCUUGCCCCUCCAUUUCACCUCCUUCACCCAUGACGAUACCCAGCAUCCUGUCACUUGCCUGUCAAAGUACAAACGAUAACGAUGUGGUGAACGACCUUGGUUCAAAAUCCGAAAUAUCCAAAGUCCGACAGAUCCGAGACGUAUCUAUUGCGAUGAGGUGGUGGAGGAAACUCAGGAAAGUGGUGGUGGUUUCGGAAGAAUGUGGGGAUGAAUAUAUCCUACCAGAAUACGCUACGAGCACCCCUUCCACAAUGCACUACAUCACGGCGGCGAAGCUCCCUACCCCAAAACACCCACGAGCCGCGAAAGAUUUUUGCUUAGCACAAUAA